AUGGCCACAAGAGGCAUCAAACGUCCUCACGACGACUCGUUCAUCAAGUCAGUUGACGAAGAACAUAUUCUCACCGACGACUCGUUCAUCAAGUCAGUUGACGAAGAACAGAUUCUCACCGACGACUCUUCCACAACUAUUCAUACUAGUACGCAAGCUGUACCGUCGAAAAAGGGUAGAACGAAACCCAAAUCCUCGGACGAAAAUACCAACUCGAGCAAACGUAAUCGAAAAAAGGAAACGAACGAAAAAUCGAACAAAAGUGUAAAGUGGACGACUAAACAAAGAAUGCAGUUACUCAACGCUGUUUUAAAGAGAGUUGGUACUUUAAACUGGAAAGACAUUGCUGAAGAAGUGGAUGAAAAGGACAUGACGUCGUGUCGUCAACAAUGGAAUCGGAAAAUUAUCCCCGAUUUGAAGAAGGCAGCUGGGAAUGGUAUUAAAGGCAGUGAAAAAUAA